AUGUCAAUUUUCCGUUUUUUCAUCAUUUUCCAUUUUUCUCUCGCUCUUGAAUCGCAUGAAAUUUGCCAAGAAAACAUCUGCCGAGCUUGUGCCCUAAUCACAGGCUACCACCAUUUCUGCAUGAAAGUCAAGGAGUCAAAAUGCUGCGACAGCUACAACGCCAAAGCCGAAUUGAACUCAACCGAGCCGAAAAAGGACCAACUUUUUGAAGACAAGAUGGAAUUUACGAACAAAGAUGUCAUUAUCAUCCUUCUCGGAGUCAUUCUUUUCGUGUUUUUGGUCGUCAAACUUGAAAAAAUGAUCAAAAAACUGUUGAAAAAUCGAUCCUGGAAGAAGAUGAAAUUCGAAAACAUUGAAAUCCACAUCUGA